AUGGGGAAUGCCUUCAGCAGGCCCAGUUGCUUGGGCCAGAAGUCCAAGCACGUCAAGUCCGAAGAAGAUUUCCUAAAAGAGUGUUACCAGCGCAAGAAGGAGUGCCCCCUGAUUGAGAGCUGGAGUGGGGAGAGCGUGAAAGAGAAGGACAGCCCUGAUGUUCAGAGUCCCACCAAGGACCAGCUGCAGAGCGUGGGCAUAGCGGGCAGUGCCUCGGCACCAGCGUCCGCUCAGGCCUCACCAAACCUUGUGCUUUCGAAACAAAAUGACGUGGAGGUUUGCACGCAGCCUAAUGGCAGAACAGACCAAAGACACAGCAUUACGACAACAGGGCUACAAAGACUAAGCUCUGGCAGUCCAUGGCCAUGGAAAUCGAUGGCAACCAGGGAAGUUACAGAGGUCACCGAGGUCACCGAGACCAUUGUCACAGAAAUUGUGGAAGUGGUGGAGUAUCCGUCAAGUGAUAAACGGGGAGAACCCAUUAUCACUAGGACUGUGAGGGUCCUGAGUGCAACGGCUGACGAGCUCUCUGAGCUGCAAAAUGAUGCCCGCUCCGUCUCAGAGCAGGACAACAUGUCAGACAGCUGCAGCGUCCUGAAGAGAAAGGUCCAUGCCUUAACUUUACACAAAGACCUGGCAGAUUUGGAAGACUUGUUUCAAAAUCUGGAGCCUUUGCUGGUCUGGGUGUCAGACAUCGAGGAGCUCGCAGCCAACCAGAGGCCUCCCUCUUCAGAAGUGAAGGUCGUCAAGGCUCAGCUUCAAGAGCAGAAGCUUUUGCAGCGCUUGUUAGAAGAACGAAGGCCGAGCCUGGAGAACAUGAUUGAGAAUGGACCUCUGCUCCUCGAGCAGGACCUGGAGACUGACCACACGCAAUCGCUCAGCAAAAUAGCCGCCUUGAAGCAGAGAUGGGAGACGCUGCUGCUCACAGCAACGGACAGACACAACAAGCUGGAGCAGCUCCUUCCUAAAGCGCAGGACUUUCAGGAGACACUGGACAGUUUUCAUCAGUGGCUUAUUUCCAUGGAGCAGAACCUCACGGAUCUCCGGACCGAUGAGAAUCACGUGAGCAACACUCAAGACGCCAUUGAGCAGGCCAAGGCCACUCUUGAAGAAAUCAGAGCCAAGAGCACCAAUCUGGAAGAAGUUCGACUGAAAGGGCAGAAACUUAUGACGUGGAUAUCAGGUGAGGAGUCUCAGAACGUCCAGGAGAAGACUGACAGUCUGAGGAUACGAUAUUCUGUGGUCACUCUAAGCAGCAUCGACACACUUCAGCGGCUGGAGAAAGCUUUGGAAGCCUCCUCGAGGUGCACCUCCAGCCAAGAGGACCUCAACUUGUGGUUGGGUCGAGUGGAAAGAGAGCUGGUGAACGUGAGUGGCCAGUGUGGAGCAAGUGAGCAGAUAUUCACUGCAACGGAGAGGGAGAAGCUAGAAAAAGCUGUGGCGAAGGAGCUGGAGUGGAUUGUUACUGCCGAACAAAAAGUGGAGCUGGGCAGCGUAACCCUGGACUCCGGUGGGAUUUCUUCACAACUUCAUGACCAGAAGAAUCUGGCAGUGGAAAUCCUUCAGCACAGAUACAAUGUGGAAAAGAUGUUGAAAAUUGCAGAAAUUUUAAUGAGCUACGGAGGGGAAGAAGAUCUGCAACACUUACAGUCCCAGUUGGAUUCUUUGCGAGACAGAUGCCAGUCUGUAUCCCAGAAAAACUCCUGUGCCACCCUGCAGUUGGAGCAUGCUCAGUCUCUGCUGUCCCAGUUCUCAGAGGCCCAUAGCGAGGUGUCGCCAUGGCUACAGGAAACCCAGGCGCUUAUUGGUCAGCUGUCUUUGCACACCAUUAGUUACGAGGCAUUCAGAGAACAACAGGAGCUGCUACAGGAGCUGCGGGAAUCAAUUGCCGAACACAAGCCCCUGAUCACACGGCUGAAGAUGGUGAGCGGCCGCCUAGUAGACCUGAACCACACGCAGGGAGUGGAAUUUCAAGACAGAAGUGCCGCUGCAGAAGAGCUGUACACCACCAUCAAAGACAAAGCGCGCCAGGCAGCCUGUGUGCUGGAGGAGGCCUUACCGCGGUACAUGCAGCUGACAGAAAGAAUGACACUGCUGUCUGAAAGCCUGGAGCGGCUGAAGAACAGGCUGCAGAAUCCUGCUCCGAUACGAGGGGAAACCGCGAGGAUCCAGGAGCAGCUUCAGGACAACAAGCACGCCCUGGCAGAGCUGGCGAAGCUGCAGGUGGGCCUCAACACCAUCCAGACGCAGGGGGCUGAACUGAUCAGUAAUGCCGUGGCCACAGGAGACAGCUCAACGGGCACAGCCAUCCAAGACCAAGUGUCCCGAUUAGCUCAGCAGUGGCAAGAAGUUGAGGAGCAGGCCCAAGAGAGAGAGAAGUGGCUGUUGAACCUCCUGAGCCUGGCCGGCAAGUUCUGGAAUGACUUGGCAGAACUGGGAAGCACUCUGAGCGACACGCAGCAGAUGGUGGCGGAGCUGAACGACAACAAGUCUGAGGUGGCAUCCAUACGGCAACAUCUGGACACGAUGCAGACUCUUAGGGAAGACAUUGACAGCCUGCAAGGUGACCUGGACAUGCUGGGGAUCUUGGGAGUAGACCUGAUGUCUGCUUGUGGAGCUACAGACAAGCCUGAUGUGACAAAAAGCUUGGAUGAGCUCUACUGCACGUGGAACCAUUUGAGCAAACUGUGGACGGAGCAAUUCAGCAAGCUGGAGGAAGCGUUACAAACUGCUGUGCGUCACCAGGAAGCUGUGGAGCGGCUCUUUCGGUGGUUGGAGUCAGCAGAGACGUCCACAGCAAAGGAGUUUUUGGUCGGCGUGGACUUGGAAACGGUGAAGCAGCAGCUCUGUGCACUAAAGGAUGCCAAGAGUGAACUCUAUCAACAGAAGAUUGAGAUGGAGAGCCUGAAUCAUCGUUUCGCCUCUCGAUUUCCAUCGCGGUCUGAUCAGGAUGAAGCUGAGGCUCGUCUUGCUGAUUUCAGGCGGCGGUGGGACCACCUGGAAAAGGAAACAGUCAGCAGACAGCAUCAACUCGAGUCUGCGUUGUUGGGCCUUGGACACUUCCAGCACACCAUGGAUGAGCUGCACACUUGGCUGUCACGGACUACUGAGCAGCUGCAAGGGGGCCGAACCAUCAGCAUCGAUCUGCAGACCUGUGAGAUUGAGCUGGCAAAGCACAAGGUUCUCAGAAACGAUGUGAUGUCCCACAUGCGCACCAUAGAGUCGCUGAACCAAGCCGGCCGAGAGCUUUUAGAGUCGGGUGCAGGAGACAGGCCUCACGGGCUACAGGCCAGGCUGGAGGACCUCAAUGAACGCUGGGAGUAUGUCCGCUGUGAGACGGAGAGACGGCAACUGGAGCUGGAAAACAACUUAAGCCAGGUUCAUGACGUGACGAUGGAGAUCCAGGACCUCCUACAAUGGCUUGAACAGACGGAGCUGAGGCUGUCCUCCUCUAAACCUGUCUGGGGCCUACCAGACACCGCCAAGGAGAAGCUCACCGCACACCUGGAGCUGUGCAAAGAAAUGGAGUCCAAGCUGCAGGUGUACAAUAAUGUGAGGGAUGCCAUCCACAGGCUUUUGGCAAACAGUGAAGUGGCUCGUGGUUCAAGCACAGAGCACAGCCUGUGCAUCAUGGAGCAGAAGUGGGAGGCCGUGCACAGCAAGGUGCUUGACAGAAAGAUGAAGCUGACUGAAGGACUCACAGUAGCAAACGAAUUUCACAGCAGCAUCCAGGAGCUCCUGAAGGCCAUGUCUGAGACCGAAGAGACGCUCAGGACUUUGUCACCAGCCAGCCUCAUCCUGGACAGGGUCAGCGGGCAGCUGCAGGAGCACAGGCUCUUGGUAACGGAAGUCAAUGCCUACAGUGAAAAGAUCUCCGCCAUGGAGGCCUUAGCGUCACGCCUUAAAGAGUACAGCAAGAAGCAGGACUGUACCGUGGUGCAGAACCUCAUGGUGACCGUCCAGGACCGCUGGAGAAAAUUAAAUCAGCGACUAAAUGAGAGGGGGAAAUCCUUGGAAGACGCAAAGAAGCAAGCCAAACAGUUUAGCGAAUCGUGGCGUCUUCUCGCUGACUGGAUGGUGGAAGUGGAACAGACGCUCGACACUCACAAGGAAAUCUCCGUCUCACACGAGGAAAUCAAGCAGCAGCUGUCAGAGCAAAAGGAAUUUCAGAAACUGCUGAGAUCCAAGAGGCCCGUCUACGAGGCCACCUUGAAGAGCGGGAGGUCUUUGAGAGAGAAAUCUCAGUGUCCCGCAGAUAAGCAGCAGCUGGAGGACAUGUUGGCUGAGCUGAGGGACACGUGGGACACAAUCAGCGGAAAGUCAAUGGAAAGGCAACACAAGCUAGAGGAGGCCUUACUGUUUUCAGGGAGGUUCACAGACGCAUUACAAGCCCUGAUGGACUGGCUGUACAGAGCUGAACCACAAUUGUCUGAAGAGCUCCCUGUAGGAGGAGAAAAGGACCUCGUCACAAAUCUCAUUGACAAGCAUAAGGUUUUCCAGAAAGAGCUGGGAAAGCGCGCCGGGUGUAUGAAGAUGCUGAAGAAGUCGGUGAGAGACCUCACCAAGAACAUCACAGCAGACUCCCAUUGGCUGCAGGAGCAGAUGGAGGAGCUCGAGAGCCGGUGGGAGAUUGUGUGCAGGCUCUCGGUUUCAAAGCAGACAAGGCUUGAGGUGGCUCUCCAGCAGGCUGAAGAGUUCGACUCCUUGGUCCAUUCAUUUCUUGAAAGGCUCUCAGAAGCCGAGAGGACUCUUAAGUAUGGAGUGAUUCCUGAAGAUGAAACGUCUGUAUUGGAGUUUCAAAAGCAGCACCAGGAGUCAAUGAAAUGCCUGGAGUGUCAACAGAUGGAGUUGGACUGCAUCAAAUCACUAGGAGAAGAAAUUCUUGCUUCUUGUCACCCGGACUCUGUUAUCACCAUUAAGUCGUGGAUCAGCGUUACAAAGACACGCUUUGAAGAGGUCCAGGCCUGGGCACAUCAACAAGCUGAAAGGAUCCAGGGCACCCUCACCAUUCUGGAAGCAGAACGAGCUGAAGUGCAGAGGCUGCUGGACUGGAUUUCAGCCGCUGAGGAAUCGCUGACCUUGCGGGACCAGGAGCCUCUCCCCACAGACAUGGGGCAAGCUGAAGAGCUCAUCACACAACAUGAGGUGUUUAUGGAGGAACUAAACCGACAGCUGCCGGAGAUGGAGAAAGUCACCAAAUUCUGUAGAGAAAAACUCGUUUGUAAACCCCAACUACCUCAGACUAGAAAAACGACAACCAAACGCAGGAGCACUGUGAAGCCCCAGCCAAUGGCAACUACCUCUUUUGAACCCCUGGAGCCUAAGACUCCCCUAGUCAGCUUGUUAAUCAGCCGCUGGCAACAGCUGUGGCUCCUUGCCCUGGACAGGCAGAGUCGACUUCAAAAUCAUCUGCAGAAACUCAGAGAGUUGGAAGAAUUUGCCAGUUUUGAUUUUAAUGUGUGGCGCAAGAGGUACAUGCAGUGGAUCAGCCACCUCAAGUCCCGCAUUCUGGAUAUUUUCCGGGGCAUCGACAGAGAUCAGGAUGGAAGAAUUAGCCAGAGAGAGUUCAUUGACAGCGUCCUGUCAUCCAAAUUCCCUACGAAUUCCUUGGAGAUGAAUGCAGUUGCAAACAUCUUUGACAUCAAUGGCGAUGGUUAUAUUGAUUACUAUGAGUUUGUGAGUGCGUUGCACCCGAGCCGGGACCCGUAUCGCAGGAGUGCAGAUGCCGAGCGCAUCAACGAAGAGGUGAGCCGGCAGGUGUCUCAGUGCAACUGUGCCAAGCGAUUCCGAGUGGAGCAGAUCAGUGCCAACAGAUACCGGUUUGGGGAUUCCCAGCAGCUGCGAAUGGUGCGGAUUCUGCGCAGUACCCUGAUGGUAAGAGUUGGAGGCGGGUGGACAGCUUUGGACGAGUUUCUGGUGAAGAACGAUCCCUGCAGAGUUAAAGGCAGAACCAACCUGAAAAUUAAAGAGAAGUACCUGUCACCAGACUCCUUCGGAGCUUCUCCUCUCAAGUGUGGCGGCAGCCAGUCUGCUAAGGUGAUGCCUCCAAGCCGCUCCAAUUCCAGCCUGAGUUUAUACAGCAGCGCGUCCGCCCCAAGCAGCCCCCUCUCCAGAAAGUCGGCACUGAGAAGGAGCCUUUCCGGUGAUCGCUGUCGGCCAAGAAGCUCAAUAGCUGCUUUGGGGUCGGAUCUUCAGUUUGCUGCCGCCAGGGACUGUGCAUCUCCGGGACCACCAGAAGACCCAGAAAAGGCUCCAACAUGAUUGUGAACCCGCAGAAACAUACAAGGAACCCUUGUGAGCAACCAUCAACAAAAAGGGCAAGCGACACCCCGUCCCAGGAGAUGACCGCCAAGUAUCUGAAUGAGACAACCAAGCAUGUGGUUUACGAGAGCCUGGAUCUUAAGGGUGUUGUGUUUUUUUUUGAAGAAGUGCAGGACUGUCCAUUUGUUGUCAUGACUGUAGUUUUCUCCUCCCUGGCUUGGCAUGUUUGCCGUACUCAGCCGAGGUUUUUUUUUUCUCUCUCUAUAACCUUAAAAUAUUCUUCUUCCUGAGGCAAUAAUACCCACCCUGUUUGGUCCUUUCCAUUCUAAGUCACAGAAAUAGCGUGAUAUCCAGAUGAGCUGGAGACUUUGGUGGAUGGAAUUGGGCCAUCGGGGUGGUAAAUGAGAGGCUGAGACAAACUCCUCUUAUGUAUUUUUAAAGACCAUCGUUGACACAGUCCAUUAAAAUUCAGGAACAAUUCACUCUGCAAUGCAUGAAAGAAAUUGGUUCAGAAAAUAGAGAGACAAAUAAUGGACGGGUAAAAAUUUUACUGCGCCUUGUGAUGGUAUGCUGUGUGCCAGGCGCUAUAUACAAUAACGAUUGAUCGAUCGAUCGAUCUUAGCUGGCGUUCUGACUUGCACAUUUCUAGAAAAGUGAAAUGCAUUCUUCUGUGUAACUGUGUAGCUGUAGUGCUUGCUGGAUGCUUUAUGGAUGUCGCUGGGCUCGCCUUGUCUGCAUGUGAACGACUUGCGGUAUGUCGGACUGUGAAGGGCCUGCUGUCAUCGAGGACACUCGUGGAGUUUGUGCCA